UCAAGUCAAUUUACUGAUUUACUCCUAUCAGAGUUCAAACUUCAAAACGAUUUAUCAAUUAUUGUGUCUUGCUUUACGGUUUUAUAAAAGAAGGAAGAAGAAAGAAGUAUAUUACGCUAUCCAUACAGUAAUUUGUUGAUAUACAUGUAUAAGUUCAUUUUUAUUUUAAUGAUUGGAUAAACAUUUUAACAUACAACACCUAAAAAUGGCAGAUAUUUUAAAGGGGUUAAUAUUGUCGGUUUUAUCUGAAAAGUGUUACAAUGAAUAUUUCAAUGAGUAUAAUUUUUUUGACCUUCCCUGUUUUAAGGCAACGCUAAGCAAAGGCCUUGGAAUUGGUAUAAUACUUGGUUCCAUAUUGGUUAAAGUUCCACAAAUUUUAAAAAUUCUUGGUAGCAAGAGUGCUGAAGGCAUUAAUAUUUAUGGAGUAUAUUUAGAGUUAUUUGCAAUUACUGCAAACUUUGCAUAUAGUUAUGUUAUGAAUUUUCCUUUUAGUGCUUGGGGUGAAGGAACAUUCCUUGCUAUUCAAACGGCUAUAAUUGCUGCAUUAGUGUUGCAUUAUGGAGGAGCUCCAGUAAAAGCUACUAUAUUCCUAGCAACAUAUGUAGGGCUGGUAUCGGCACUAGUCGGUGGAUAUACACCAAAGGAUGUGCUAUGGAUGAUGCAAGCUGUUAAUAUUCCUAUUAUAUUGGCAGCAAAAUCAAUUCAAAUUAUAACAAACUACAAAAAUGGAAGUACUGGCCAGCUCUCAGCUAUCACUUGUAUGUUGCUGUUUGGUGGCAGCAUUGCAAGAAUAUUUACGUCUGUUCAAGAAACUGGAGACUCCAUUAUCAUAUUAACAUACUGUGUAACAACAAUUGCUAAUGGUGCCUUGGUUAUGCAACUUUUCUGGUACUGGAAUGUUGACAAGACUGCCAAAAAUAUUAGUAAGAAAAAGAAGAAGAAUACAUAGUCAAUUGAUAUUAUUAAGCAUAAUUUAUAUCAUUUUUUUUAAUUGAGUUUUGUUUAUGGGGUUGACUAAAUACUUUGAUUAUCA